ACAACGUCUGCUUUGUUUUGAAGAAUGUUUUAUUUACGUAACUGAAAUCAUGUUUAUCGUUAUCAAUGUUAACCAACAGACUUUAGUCGCAAGUUGUAGAAGCCUACUGUGUAAGAAGCUGUAAAGAAUAGUAUCGCAGGUGACGGUAUAAGAGACAACAUAGAAAGAAUUGAAGAAACAAAGAGAAAUGGAGGGAGUGAGAUAGGAAGAAAGUAGGAGGGAUAAACGGUGUUCGCGAGAUCGCUGGCCGUGUAGGACGCGAGGAUUCGCCGUUGAACUGAGUUUAGUCGGUGCAUGCGAGCGAAGUCAGCCGGUCGUGUCUCCCUCUCGACCUCAACCUCACUGUCUGUAGCUUCUGUCAGUUACUACUUAUCAUUGUUUUUCCUCAGACAAUUUUUUGACAUCCUCCCAACCUUCAUAUAAACUUACCUGUGAAUUUUUUACAUGCUCAUUGCCUGUCAAUUAUUGCAAUUAUUUGCUAUCAAUAAAACAUAGAUAUUCAACUAACAUCUAUUAGCAUGAACGAGUGAGUUAAGGUGUCGAAGAAUAAUCAGUCCUCAAAUUUUAAUGGAUUUUUUUUUCAUAGGAGGAAGGAGAAAAACUGAAUUCUUAAUUUGGUCUGAUAUGCGAGGGAGACAAACCGCGUGGAGUGUUUUAUCAGAGUGUGUAGUGCGCGAAAUUUUGAAAGAUAACUGGGAACACUCUUUCACGUGUUCAUCAAUUUUAUAUUGAAAUUUCUUUAUCGCAGUAUUCUUAAUGAUACUUUUCAGCAUUUAAAGUUAUAAACUAGAGGCAUUAAAUAUUUUAUACAAUAGACAAUAGUCAUUUUUACAACAAGCUUUGGAAAUGGAAUGAGUGAUAUUAGUAAAUGCACAAUAGAAUUUAUCUCAAAAUCAUGACUAAUGUUUCGACUAGUGAAUGACUUGGAAUAUCUCAAUGUACGUCAAACCACUCCGCACUGCCAAGUUGAAAGAAAAUUUUUUUUCGAGUCAAAAAAGUAGUUAGAGAAACAACAAUGACAAGGUGGUAAUAGAAGAGUCAAUCUAAAACAAGUUUGACUCUUGAAAAAAAGACUUGUUAAUUUUUUUUAUUUUGGAUAAAAAGACUUGUUAAUUGAUAGACAGAAAUGUCACGAAUAUCAAAUCGUAUAUCGUCCAUCGUGGCCGGUCUCACGAUCAUUUUUCUCAUAGUGUUUCUUGUGAUUAUUUGGACAAGUAUAAGAACCACAGAUACUACCUAUGGAAAUGAAUCUCAAGUGACUAAUUUAUCAGAACCACAUCGAAUAUUUCUUGAAGAUAAACAACAAAAUGUUGGCUCUCAAUUAAUCACUUCCGGUCCUAAUACCAAUUUUUUCGUUCAUGAAAACGAUGUUUCAGAUCUCGAGGAGCAAACAGAUAAUUUAUCAUGGAAGGAUGAGAUCCAGUCUAAUUUUAAGGGUGAUAUUGAGUAUGUGAGGCCUUUGAAAAUUAGUCGGAAUCAAUAUGAAGAUCCUCCUACUGAAUCUACCAGCUCCAAACGUCAUCACACUGGUCACUUUAGGCAUUCUAAGGCUGAAGUUUGGGAUCCACAUCCACAAUAUGAAUUUACGGCUUUUGGAAAGCGGUUUCGACUUAGGCUUAGCCAUGACAACAGUUUUAUUUCUCAGAAUAUCAAGGUGACGCAUGUAAGUCAAAACAAAACCAAGUGGGAGCAUCCAGGUCACCAGCUGGGAUGUUACUACAGUGGUGUCGUUGAUGGUGACCCCAAAUCUGUCGUUUCUGUCAGUCUCUGUCAAGGGAUGACUGGUCACAUGAAGACGUCGACAGGGACUUACAUUAUUAAACCAACAGCUAAUUGGUCAGGUGACGAAGACACUUCUGCCACAGUAUCUUCUCUGCAGCACGCAAUCUAUCGUGUCUCAGCAACACGUACCAACACCAAUGAUGUUGACCUUCCUGACAACGUGGGUCAUAACUGUGGUGUUAUAGAUUAUGAUACUGCUGAUGAUGUUCCGGCGCCUUUGAAUGAUGAUUUGCCUGCAAAAGACUACAUCGAAAACCACUUGCGAGAACGACGAUCUUUGUCAGAAAAAAUUUACAUCGAUCGUUCUAUAGAAGAUGAAGAUGAUUAUGAUGAUGAAAAUACUAGAGAAUUUGGAGAAUUUGUUAAGCAUCAUAAAGAAUAUUCUUAUCAAGGUUCACCAAAAACUAGGUACAACGAGGUGAGAGAAAGGUACAAGGAAACCGAAGAUUCCGGCAGUUCUGAUGUAUUUGCUAGCUGGAGACCUCGUCGAGCUCUUCCCCAAGAAUACUUUAUCGAGAUUAUGGUUGUUGCUGAUGCUAAAAUGAUAGAAUAUCAUGGCGAUAACCUUGUGGCUUACGUCUUAAUACUUAUGAGCACGGUAUCGAGGAUUUACAAAGAUCCAUCGAUUGGUAAUCCAAUAAGUAUUGCAGUAACCAAAGUUAUACAGACUAAUGAAGUAUUUGGGACAAAACAUGAUGGAGUUGAUGGAAUAGCUGCAGCAGAUAUGUUGAAAAGAUUUUGCUACUGGCAGAAACAUAAUAACCCGGACGAGCCGUCGCCAGAGCAUCAUGAUGCGGCGCUCCUUUUAACGAGGGAAAAUCUUUGCCAUAAUCCAGGACAACGAAGAUGUGACACUUUGGGUUUAGCUGAGUUAGGCAGGAUGUGUUCACCAGGAUCUUCAUGUGCAAUUGUCCAAGAUAACGGUCUAGCUGCGGCCUUCACGAUCGCCCACGAGCUUGGUCACGUAUUCAACAUGCCACAUGAUGACGACUCUAAGUGUGCGAAAUACCGCAAUCGUUCUCGAGUUUAUAAAGUCAUGUCGCGGAUGCUGGACGACAACACAUUUCCUUGGGAAUGGUCCAAGUGUUCUCGACACUACGUCACCGAGUUUCUAGAAGCCGGCUACGCCAACUGUUUGCUAGAUCAGCCAAGAGACAUGAUAAGAUCUGAUGCUGGACGGCUGCCUGGUGAAGAUUACUCUGAAAAUAAACAAUGUGAGUUGGUGUUUGGUCCAAGAUCUAAAAUCUGUUCACGUAUGGAUAAGGAUGUGUGCAAGAGACUAUGGUGCACCACACCAUCCUGGAAUAAUCAGACCCAAUGUCAUACCCAACAUAUGCCUUGGGCUGAUGGUACGCCUUGUUCUGCUGGCAAAUGGUGUCAACGGGGUGAAUGUGUAUCCAGACGAAACCUGGCGCCAGUUGAUGGACAGUGGGGCGAGUGGGGACGCUAUGGUGAAUGCUCUAGGACCUGCGGCGGCGGAGUCAAGAAGAAAUACAGAGAGUGUAAUAAUCCACCACCGCAGAAUGGUGGUAAUUAUUGCGUUGGAGAGCGAGUUAAAUAUCGUAGUUGUGGAACUAAAGAGUGUCCUCAGGGAACGCCAGAUUUCCGUGAGCAGCAAUGUGCAAUGUCCAAUUAUAAUAAUCACAACAUUCAAAAUUUACCAAGGAAUGUAAAAUGGCAUGCGAAAUAUAUCAAAGUACCACCAGAAGAUCGUUGUAAACUUUACUGCCAGGUAGAAAGCAAUCAGUAUUACAUGUUACGAGACAAGGUGAUCGAUGGUACACCCUGCGGACUUGAUACUUUUCACAUAUGCGUCAACGGUCGCUGCAGGCCCGCCGGUUGUGAUCACGUCCUCAACUCAACCGCAGAGCUAGACGCUUGUGGUGUUUGCCGUGGUGACAAUUCGACCUGUCAACGUAUUACUGGAACCUUCAACUCUAGUGGAGUCGAUGGCUAUAGAAGAGUUACUAAAAUUCCCGCAGGAAGUAGUUACAUUGACAUCAAACAAUAUGGCUGGGGAAGUUCUCACAAUGACAGCAACUACCUGGCUUUACGGCUUGGAGAACGUGGAGAAUAUAUUCUUAAUGGAAACUACAUGGUGAUGCAUCGAAAAGUCAUCGUUCUUCCAGGAAUAGCAAUUGAAUACAGUGGUCCAGGGUCUGUUGUUGAACGAUUAAAUAGCUCUCGACCCAUAGGUGUAGAUUUAAUUUUAGAGCUUCUCUCUGUCGGAGGUGUUGUUCCACCUCAAAUAACAUAUGAAUAUACGGUACCGAAGAAGAUUCUUGGCAACUACACUUGGAUUUUAAAUGACUGGUCAAGCUGUAGUCACAUGUGCCAAGGUAAAAAGCAUCGACGAGCGGAAUGCCAGAGUACAGAACAUCAAGAUGUUGUGUCAGACGAUUAUUGUAAACCUGAAGACAAACCCCGGGAAGAGAGUCAAUCAUGCAACACUCAUUGCACACUACAAUGGCACAUAACUUCGGUAUCCGAAUGUUCAAGUCAUUGUGGUCCUGGUACAAGAAUGUUGUCAUUCCGCUGUGUACAAAUAUUAGCAAGUCCAAGUUCGCGUAUUUAUUCACUUCCGUCUCAUGCUUGUGCUCAUUUAGAUCGUCCUAGCGAAAAUGAAACUUGUAUCGGACCAUGUAAAGACGCUCACUGGGCAUAUACGGAUUGGGGACCCUGCAGUGUAUCAUGUGGAGGCGGAAUGCAAAUGAGAACAGCAACUUGCAUUGAUUCGAAAGGUAGAAUGGUCCCUGAUAGCAAGUGUAAUGCGGCAGAAAAAAUAUUAAAAAGAUCCUGUGGACAAGAAACAUGUCCACAAUGGCAUCUAGGAGAAUGGUCGCCAUGUUCGGUAAGCUGUGGAAUAGGCACGCAAGUAAGGCCAUACUGGUGUCAAGUAGAAAAUCAAAUAGUGAGUGAGAGCUCUUGCAAUGGUCUUCCAUCAGAACGAGAAAAAAAAUGUAAUGCAGGUCCCUGUCAGAAUUGGUCUACUGGUGAAUGGAGUCCUUGCUCGGUCACGUGCGGAGAAGGAACUCGUAGAAGAAAAGUCGUUUGCUUGAGAGCUGAUGGAUCUCCCGAUGAUGGUUGUGCUGCUUCAAUGAAACCAGAUAGCUUUGAUACGUGUACUUUAGAUCCUUGUCCUACUGUCGCAAGUAUCCCUCCAGUCAUUUAUUCCUCAGAUCCGCCUCAUGGUGAGUCUUCUGAGCAAGAGAAUGAGAUAGAUAGCAAUGGUAUAAUCUUUCAUUCUGGCUAUGCCUGGCGUACAGGAACUUUCGGAGAGUGUUCAAGACCUUGUGGUGGAGGAAUAAAAUAUAGAAUGGUCCAAUGUACAUCAAAAGAAACGCAUACUGCAGCUCCAGAUGAUUACUGCUAUGCUCAUCUACGUCCAGCAAAAUCUUUACCCUGUAAUGGACAUGCUUGUCCUCUCUGGAAUACCGGAGAUUGGAGUCAGUGUGAUGUGAAAUGCGGAGAUGGUUUCCAGCAUCGUCAAGUCCGUUGCCAGAGCCCAAGGGGCGAUAUCCUACCGGACACGGAAUGUAACACCAUCGAAAAGCCAAGACACGCGAAAAAGUGCUGGAAGGAUUGCGUGACUGAUCGUAUAAAUAAUCCUAGCUCCAAGAGUAGCUAUUCUCGCAGAUGGCGUACCACUAAUUGGACUCCUUGUUCUAAAUCAUGUGGCGGUGGAAUUAAAACGCGAAGAGUGGAGUGUACUAUCAAGACAGGACGUAUUGAGCAACCGGUGAAGGACGAGCAGUGUACAAGGCUUGGUCUUGUCAAACCAAGAUCUCAAAGACCAUGUCAACGAAUACCAUGUGACUAUACUUGGCAAGAGGGCAGCUGGUCUGAGUGUUCAGCAGAAUGCGGUGAAGGAACUCAACGGCGCGCCGUCACGUGCCACAGGACUAAUCGGUAUGGCUGGAUCGAUCCUACGCCAACUGAUGGAUGUCCUAUUAGUGAGAAACCUAAAGGAGAGCAGCGGUGUAAAUUACAAGAGUGUACGGAUAAAUUUUACUGGACCACUGGUCCAUGGAGAAAGUGCAGUCAUCAAUGUGGUAGAAAAGGAAGACAAAUUCGUCGACUAUUUUGUCUUGAUAAAGCUGGUAAAAAAGUACCGAGGUACAAUUGUCCUCGGCAAUUCAAACCCAAAAGGAAACGUAAGUGUAACCAGAGACGUUGCGGACCUUUAACUUGUUUGGAUGCGCAAAAGAGAUUUAAAUCAACGAAGGAUGGCGAGUACAUUCUUCUGGUAGGUGGGAAAAAUAUGUCUAUUUAUUGCCAUGCUAUGGCAACAAACGAGCCUCGAGAAUAUCUUACACUGCCAGCUGGAGAUCGCGAGAAUUAUGCUGAGAUUUAUGAUAAGAGAUUAAGCGAUCCCAAUAAGUGUCCUUACAAUGGUCAAAGGAAUGAUAGUUGUCAUUGUGUUGAUGACUCUGGUACCAUGUCAGGAAGAACGAUGUUCAAACGAGUUCGAAUUGAUGUUGGAAAAUUAAUUAUCAUAGCAAAUGACUACACGUUCUCCUGGACAAAUGGAGCAAACCGAGUGGAAUAUGGCAAAGCCGGUGACUGUUACAGCCUUUUAAAUUGUCCCCAAGGGCGGUUUAGUAUAAAUUUAAGUGGUACUUCUCUGAGACUGGUUCCUGAAGUAACAUGGAAGCCUUUGAAAUCCAGAGCUCAUCUUGCCAUUAAUAGAAUUAAUGAUCAAAGGGUUUAUGGAAAAUGUGGUGGUUACUGUGGAUUUUGUACUCCAAGUAUAGGUUUAAAACUUGACGUAUUACCACCUUGGUCGCUUUAAUUUUUUAUUAAUAAAAUAAAUAAUUAAUUUUAU